GGUUGUGUUGUUGUUGUUGUGGUGAACUUGUGAGGUUAAACUGUAAGAGAAGCCUGAGAAGCCCAAGUGGGGCACGCCUGGGGCUACUGGGCAUAUAUCAAGUAAACAUUUUAGCCAGAGGAAGAUCAUUGCUUUAGAUUAGCUUAGCUCAGUAGUUCUGUUACCACGUUCUAAUUUUUUGGAACUACUGGACGUCUAGGCAGACCUCAGACGAAUUCGUCUGAGAGGCAGACCAUGAACAGGGAUUCAUGAAAAUAUUAAAAAUGAUGUUGUGUAUUUUGGAGAAAACUGUUCAUUUUUCAGUUUGGAUAUAUUCUGUAUUAUUUUCAAUGUACUGUUUCUCAGGGAGUAGCUACAAUUACUUCAAAAAUUAUAAAGAUGAAUAUAAUGAUUUUUCUGAAGGGAUAUCAUAUUUGUCUGGUAGAAGAGAUAAAGCAGAUAUAGAGUGGGAAAGUAUCAACUCCCUUAUUGUUACUUUUUAUCCUUGGAUAAUCAUUUAUCUCACUGUUGCUGUGAUUUGUCAAAAUGUUUAUUUUUCCAAAAAGAUUUUACAAUUGUGGCAGAUUUGUUUCAUAUCAUUUUACAUAUUAUUCUACUAUGGAUUUUUCACUCUCAUUAUUAUUUUAAUUCAGCCACUAAUUUUUUUGACAUUGAUAAGCCCCCAAAGUAAAACUACCCAUAUUUGGCUGGUUUCAUGUACCACUAUAGUAGGACUUCUAAUCCUCAAGGCAAUGGGUGUUGAAUAUAUUUGGGACCUCCUUAAACUAGGAGAAUGUGAGACAAAUAUUCUCAUUGUAACAUUAUUUUGGUUGAAUCUAAAAUGUACAAGUUUCAAUCUAGAAAAACAACCAAGUUCAAGUCAUGCUUUAGACUUACUAUCCUAUUGCUUAUAUCCACCAACAUUUUUUAGUGGUCCAUUCAUUCUAUAUGAAGAUUUCAAAGAAAUUUACAAACAAGAUUUCAUUGCCCCACUUCAGAGUAGAUUUAAAAAAUUCAUAGUGAAUAUAAUAAAAACCCUGUUCUGGUUCUGUUUUGUUAAUAUUUGUCUACAUUUUGUGUAUGUGAAUGCUUCAUCAUUUCAUCCAAAGUUCAUCUAUAAUUUAGACAGCUGGUCUCUAUAUGGAUUUGGCUAUACCAUGGGCCAAUAUUUUCAUUUGAAAUACAUAGUCAUUUAUGGCUUGAGUACCAGUAUUGCUUCAUUUGAAAAUAUUAAUGUACCCCACUUACCCAGGUGCAUUGGGAGAAUACACUUGUAUUCAGAUAUGUGGAAAUAUUUUGACCCUGGACUAUACAAGUAUCUUCUGAGGCAUAUCUACAUUCCCCUGACUAGAGUUGGUUCUUAUAAACCAAUCAGUAGUUUAGUUUGUUUUUCUUAUGUCUAUAUUUGGCAUGGAUUGGAAAAAAAUAUAUUGAUAUGGACUGCUCUCAACUACAUUGGUAUCAUUUUUGAAAAUAUGUUAGGGCUACCUCAUAAACAAGGAUUGAAAGAAAGCUAUUGGAAAACUAGAGUGAACUGUAUGAUAGCAGCCCCUUUGCUAGCAGUUUCUGCCAUUUCUAAUUUUUAUUUUUUUGGUGGAACAGAAGUUGGAUACAGUUUUGUCAACAGAAUUUACUCUGAUACAUUGGAUAGAACUUUAUUCCUCUUAUUUGUACUUUAUUGUUGUUGUCAAGUAUCAACAGAACUACAUUCAGUUAAUUCAACUAAAUUUAUUUAACUGAAUACCUGUAGGGGUAGAUAUUAUGAAAUAUUGCAGUCAGCAAAGAAUUAUAUAUUUUUUCAGUGAAAUGAGCAGUAUUAUAUUCAUCUAUAUAUUUGUAAAUUAAUUAUUUAUAAAAUUUAAAUAAUG